AGAGAAAGAAGAAAAGAGAAGAGAGAAAAAUCGAGCAGUUAUCCCAGCUAGUGAUGUAUGCAUUUGAGAUGGGAUAUUGGCGCAGGCUAAUGGAUGGUAGCGUACUGGUAUCUAAAAAAGAACGAUUGUCGUAUUGAAGAGAAAGAGUUUUUCAAAAUGCGGAAGAGAUCAGGUAAGAUCCCCGGCUAUCCAGUGGGGAUUUGAGGGUAACUGACAAUCUCCACCGUAAAUUAGGAGAUAUCUAGUGACAAUAACUACAAUGACGAAGAUGAUAAUGAUGAGAUCGACCAAAUUGAGAUUAUUAAUUGGUCUGCAUUGCAUGGAUAAAUGUAGUGGCAGUAAUGAAUUCAUGGUAUUUUAUUUAGCAUGACGGACUUCUUAUGCCUUACAGUUUGCAUUUAAUUUGCGAAUGCUCCGUUCAGUCAACGCAGCAAGUUGAAUCUAAUUCGUGGUGGAGUACAAGUGUUUGUGUUAUAAUAGAUUAAUUUGGAAGAUUUGUCAUUAAUUGUUGCUUCAAAAAACAUAUAGUUAAUCAAAAUGUCAUUUUUGUCAAAUCUAAAAAAAGCAUUCCACUUCGGUGGCAAUGACGCUAAAAAGAAAAAACUGUAUAACAAUAUAAAAAUGGACGUUAAUCCGGAGGAGUUUUGGGACAUGAUUGGUGAGCUUGGCGACGGGGCCUUUGGAAAAGUUUAUAAGGCUCAGCAUAAGCAAACGCAUCAGCUGGCUGCUGCGAAAAUGUGCGCAUUAGAAGGAGAAGACGACCUAAGUGACUUUAUGAUUGAGAUUGACAUUCUGUCAGAAUGCAAGCAUCCUAAUGUCGUCGAACUUCACGAGGCCUACUUUAUCGAGGGUAAAUUAUGGAUGUUAAUCGAGUAUUGUGAUGGAGGUGCUGUAGACUCGAUUAUGGUAGAGUUGGAGAAAGCACUUACAGAGCUCCAGAUAGCCUAUGUUUGCCAGCAUAUGACUAAAGGUCUUGCAUUUUUACACAAAGCUAAGGUCAUUCAUAGGGAUUUGAAGGCGGGAAAUGUCUUGCUGACAAUGGCCGGUGGUGUUAAAAUAGCGGAUUUUGGUGUAUCUGCAAAAAAUAAGUACACAUUACAAAAGCACGAUACAUUCAUUGGUACUCCUUAUUGGAUGGCUCCAGAAGUUGUUUUAUGUGAAACUUUUCGAGAUAAUCCUUACGACUUCAAGGUCGAUAUUUGGUCACUUGGUAUAACUUUAAUAGAGUUUGCGCAAAUGGAACCACCAAAUCAUGAGAUGUCUCCUAUGCGCGUACUUCUUAAAAUUCAAAAAAGUGAUCCACCGAAACUUGAGCAACCAAACCGCUGGAGUAAGGAUUUUAAUGAUUUUAUUGCCAAGGCCUUAAUAAAAGAUCCGUCGAUGAGGCCAACUGCUGAAGAGCUGCUCAAGCAUCCAUUUAUCAGUCGAAAUUUGGAUUCGAAACCGAUCAGAGAUUUAUUACUCGAAUACAAAGCUGAUGUAGUUGAAGAAGAAUUAGUCGACGACGAAGCUGAGGAGCAACGCACGUCGCAACUUCCCCUGGAAUUGGAUCAAAUCGGAGAUGACUCUGUAUCUGUCCGCAGCGACAAUGACGUCAAAGUCACAGAAAAAGAGACAGCCAUCAUAGUACCGGCGAGUGCAGCGAAGAGAGAAGAGAGUAAUAAAAGAGAAAUUAAUAGAGAUGGUGAGAAAGAAGAACGUAGUAAAAAAUUACGAAAAGCAGAAUCCAAGGAAAAUAUACCCAUAUCUGUGGAGAAAAAACCAGCACCGAAGCCGCCGACCGUUGCAGUCGCCCCGAACGAAUUGAGCGAGCGGCGAUUGUCUCGAGACAAAGGUCCGGCACCUCUUCCCCCUUCGAUUACACGUCAGGAGAGCCGAAAUGAUAUUGAGAUGGUUUCGAAAAUUGGUAAAAAGUUGAGUCCCAUUGAUACGGCCAAGGACGAUCAAAAGCAGCCCGAAACAAGGUCCCAGGUGCAGGAAGAGUCGCAGGAAGUCACAAACGGCAAAAUUAAGCAGCAACGCGAUUCGGAUACGAAUAAUCUGACUACGUCAGAAAAAUCUCUGGUCAAAGAUCAACAGCAACCGUUGAGGUCCAAAAGUGUUGAGGACAAAAUGAUAGUAUCGAAUAAGGCUAAACAAAUUAGCGUAGAGGAGAAGCGUAAGUCGGCGCCAAUCAAGCCCGAUAACGGUACAGAAGAGGAUUUGAGAAAAUCAAACAUGGAUAAGCAGAAUUCAUUUGAAGAGGAUAGGGUUAAAGUGGAAUCAUCGACUGAUUGGAACCGUUCGCCAAACGAUUGCAAAUCAGAUGAAAUCAGUCGCCAUAGUCUUCAAUUGAAGCGCAAGUCCGUGGAGGAAAAACUCAAGGCUAUGUUGGAAAAGCAGCUUUUAAGGGAGUCGGGCAAAGAGCACCAGCAACAAAUGAACGAGCUUAAGAAUCAAAUAUUUUUCGCGUCAGCGAGCAAAGAUGGUGGAAGUCCUCUUAAAAUGAGUUCGUCGACGGGCGAUAUUGCGUCUACUGUGUUCCUUAAGAGGAUCAACGACGAGGACGCAAAGUGCCGUAGUGAAGGCUCAUCGCGUAACGACUCCCUUGAAAAUUUGUCGGAUGUAGAAACCGAAAUCGCCCGUGAGAAUGUUGCCCCUGAUGUGGUCGAUAGAUCCAAAAACCAAAAUGCGGGUAUUAACGUAUCUGUCAUCACGUCCACGCCGAUCAAGAGUAACAUAUCGAGGAGUUCAAGUGGAGAUAACAUCGUCGUUAUCACUGGGGCGCCUCAAAAGUUGGAAAUGGAGCAUAGGGCGAAUACAUCAACAACCGUGCGCAUAACGUCGGACAGUCCAGAUCCAUCAAAUAGUUUGGCAAGUAACGUCAGUCAGGUAACCGUAGUUACAACUCAUCCGCCAGUACUGAUCGAUGCAACUGCAAGUCCACCACCUCCGAGACGCACUUCAUCCGAGGUUGUUAUUGUUGCUAACGAAACGAAUAAAACUCAGGUGAACGAGAGUUCCGCCGAAGACGAUGGUUUCACAAGCUUAGAUAGUCUCGAAUACACGCCGCAAGAGCAAGCAAUAGUAAUUGGCGCUGAUCAAUUGUCUGGUAAGAAGAUCGGUAAACGUCUAGAUGAAUCGGAAGUCGUCAUAGUUAGUGCGAUCGAGGAUAAUCAGCAGCUGUUACAGGAUACUAGUCACGUAUCCGUUGUUACCGUAGGCGAUGAACGCGAGCAAGUUAAGGACUCGUCAGCUCUGGAUACUGGAUCUGUUAUCGACGAUGAUAAAACAAAAAAGCUAAUGAACGGACAGGUGAGACAGAGCGUCGAUCAAACACUGAUGGGUACGAAGUCGCACGUUAAAUCGAAAGAUCCAUCGAGCAACAAUAAGCCAACCUCAUCUCGACACAGCAUCAGCAAUCAUAAUAAAGAAAAGCGCGUUUCACCCGAUAGCUAUGACGGCUCCAACUCGACGCGCUGCUCACAAAGUGACUCGGGUUCAACGCGUUCUCACACCCCCAGCAAAAGUAUCGACCGCUCGGACGCUGAGUCAAUAUCGACAACUAUUAGCCAGGACAGUCGGGGCUCCAACAAAGAGACCAAUCACGUAGGUAAUAGUAAUGGAGCCGGGCAGAGGUCUGAAAUGGACGAAGAGGUCGUAUUGCGUAGAAAGCCCGAGUACGCGCGCGAGAUUCCUAGGAGGACGAAAGAAGAUGCCGAAAGGAUACAAAUGAUGAAUCUUAAGAAAAAAACUCGAAAGCGUACGAGGAAAUUUGAGAUUGACGGUGUCGUCGUUACAACAACUACGUCCAAAGUAAUCUACGGCGACGAUGAGAACGGCAAAUUCUACGAUGAUCAAAUAUUCCGUAAACAGGAGUUGCGAGAAUUGAAGAUGCUGCAGAAGAUGGAGCAAAAACAGUUCCAGGACUUAUCCUUAAAAGCACAAUUUAACAAAGAUCAGCAAGAGAAACGCAACGAGCAAGAACGUCAGCUUCUCGAACGCACGGCAGAAGCUGAUCUUGAAGCAUUAAUGAGACAACAGCGACAACAGCUGGAUAGGGCUGAAGCACAACAAGAAGCUGAUCUGAGACUUGCUUCAAAAAAAAUCAGAGCCGAACAAGAGCGCGAGCUCAAGCAAUUCAGAGAAGGCCUUAAGCAGGAUUUGAGGCUGCUCAAACAAGAGGUUGAUCUUAUGCCUAAGGAAAAGCGCAAAAGCGCGUUUAAAAUACGAAAGGAAAAGUUAGAGGCAGAACACGAAGAGCGCGAAAAGCUCUUUAUGGAAAAACUGAAUGAGAGCCACGAGACAUCGUUACGCCGAUUGUCAGAUAGUCAUCGUGAGAAAAUUGCACUUAUGGAACGUCAAUUUCUGCAGCAAAAGCAGCAACUACUACGUGCUCGGGAGUCGGCGAUUUGGGAGUUAGAAGAACACCAAAUUCACGAGCGCCAGCAAUUACUGAAACGACAACUCAAGGAUAUUUUCUUUUUACAACGGCAUCAGAUGCUCAUCAAACACGAAAAAGAGCUCGAGCAGAUGAAACGCAUGAAUCAACGUAAAGAAGAGGAAUUAGUCAAAAGACAGACAAUCGAGAGACGGAAUUUGCCCAAGAGAAUUCGCAAUGAAAUGAAGGCACGCGAAAUGAUGUUCAGAGAGUCAAUGAGAAUUUCGAUGUCGUCGACUCUGGUAUCAGAUCCGGACGCCGAGCGAGACAAGCUCAAAAAGUUCCAGGAAAACGAAAAGAAGAGGUACCGUGCUGAACAGCAACGCUUCGAGUUAAAACAUGCACGUCAACUGGAGGAGAUGAGGGCGUCGAGUGAUGCAACUAUUAAAGAGCUUGAGCAGUUACAAAACGAGAAACGUAAAAUGCUUAUGGAGCACGAAUUAAUCAAACUAAAGGAGCAAGAAGAAGCAUAUUUGAAAGAAUUGCGCGAAUGGAAAGGCCUACUUAAGCCUCGCAAGCAGAAGCUAGAAGAACAGUUCGCAAUGCAGCUCGAGGAACAGGAAAUUGUCUAUGGGCCGAGUGCAAUACCGCUUUGUUUACCUUCCGAUUUGCCUGACUUGACGCAUCACACAGCGAGUUCAACGCGCAGUUCAUUAUCAUCGGUAAGCGAGGGUUAGGGAAUGCUGAAAAUAACGGGCCGGGCCUUUUCCACCACAUUGUGUCGAUCAAGCGCAGCUGCUUGCUUAACAAGGAUCUCGCACAUGCUCGAACUGAUCUUGCCUUGCGUUGUCUUCCUACGUAAGCCUUCUGCUACAAUGUUUAAAUAUAUUCCAAUUUUAUGGCAAUCCUGCGGUUAUACCUAUAGAGAUUACGACUCGAUAAGUGCGAGACUAAAGCGAUUAAUAGCCUCGCAAAUUCAACUUAUGCUGUCGUAAAUAUGAGAAUGGGUUUUCCACCUACGUAAUACUGACAAUAACGCGUGUGCACGCGUACCAAUUUUGAGUUAUUUCGUUCUAGAGAUGUAGAUUUCUCAUUAAGUUGCGAUUUUCGUGACACUCUAUUUAUAAGGAAGGAAAAGAUAUCGGAGAAUUUUUUUUCUACAGGAACAUUAAUACAGAACAAGGACGAUUUUUACAUUUAGCAUAUUUUUUAAAAGUUAUCAGUGGAUUAUUUGCAUAAAUGAGAUACGUUGUGUAAACUUUUGCCCAAAAGAUGAAAGUGUAAUGCCUGACGUGAAAGAGCACAUACUUGUGCGGCGAGCCUACAUUUGAGUUGUGUAUAAAUGUAUAUGUUAUGCCUUACAAUUUGCGAUGGCUGUCGGAUGAAAUAUAAGGAUUAUUAUAAUAGAAAAUACCUUAUAAAUAUUGCUUAAUACUUUAAGGGGCAUCAGAUCAAUUCAGUCAAAUUUCUAUACCAACAA